CUUAUUAAAUAGAGUGAAUUGUGAAUAAACUAUUGCUUCAACAUGCCUAUUCAAUCUAUCAAAGCCAGACAGAUCUUGGACAGCCGAGGAAACCCCACCGUCGAGGUAGACCUGAAGACGGAAAAGGGAAUGUUCCGAGCAGCAGUGCCUAGUGGUGCGUCCACUGGGAUCUAUGAGGCCCUGGAGCUGAGAGACAAGGAUCCCAAGACAUACCUGGGCAAGGGAGUCCUCAAGGCCAUUGAGAACAUCCACACCAAAAUCGCACCUGUAGUCGUCGGAAUGGACCCCACCCAGCAAGAAGAAAUAGACAACAAGAUGAUCAAGGAGUUGGACGGGACUGAGAACAAAAAGGAACUGGGCGCCAAUGCCAUUCUGGCUGUCUCUCUCGCAGUGUGCAAAGCAGGAGCUGCUCAUGCUGGAGUCCCACUGUACAUGCACAUCGCCAAACUCGGAAAGACUCCCAAGGUUGUGAUGCCAGUUCCCGCGUUCAACGUGAUCAAUGGCGGAAGCCACGCCGGCAACAAACUAGCCAUGCAGGAGUUCAUGAUCCUGCCUACAGGUGCAUCUUCAUUCAAGGAGGCCAUGCAAAUUGGAGCAGAGGUCUAUCACACUUUGAAGGGUGUGAUCAAAAAGAAGUACGGACUGGACGCAACAGCUGUAGGUGAUGAGGGAGGAUUCGCUCCCAAUAUUCAGGAUAACAAUGAGGGUCUGAACAUGCUGAUAGAAGCGAUCAAGAAGGCAGGGUAUGAAGGCAAAGUUGAGCUCGGAAUGGACGUUGCUGCAAGUGAAUUUUUCCAAGAGGGCAAGUACAAUCUGGACUUCAAGAGCGUUUCUCCAGACCAGACCAAGAUCAUCUCUCCGACACAAUUGUCGGAUCUGUAUUCGGAAUUUAUCAAGGACUACCCGAUGGUGUCAAUUGAAGACGCAUUUGACCAGGAUGCGUGGGAUGACUGGAGUGCGUUCAUGACUAAGACUGGAGGCAAGAUCCAGUUGGUCGGUGAUGACUUGACCGUAACUAACCCGACUAGGAUCCAGACCGCGAUUGAUAAGAAGGCAUGCAACUGUCUUCUCCUCAAGGUCAACCAGAUUGGUUCAGUGACUGAGUCGAUCACUGCUGCUAAUUUGGCAAUGGAUAAUGGAUGGGGAGUGAUGGUUAGUCACAGAAGCGGAGAAACCGAGGAUACCUUCAUCGCGGAUCUGGUUGUGGGUCUGGCUACUGGUCAGAUCAAGACUGGAGCCCCAUGCCGAAGCGAACGAUUGGCAAAGUAUAACCAACUGCUGCGAAUUGAAGAGGAAUUGGGCGACAAGGCGGUGUAUGCAGGAAAGAACUUCAAGAACCCCCGACAGAAGUAGAUCACCAACACAACGGAAGGAUGGAAUAGAAGUUCACACUAACGAACCAAAACAAUGGCUUCACUACGCACAUGAACACUAUUUGAAACUGUAAUCACAACGCUAAACAACUCUAGGCUGUUUUUAUUUGAUUGAACUUUUUUAUUGAAUAACGACUGUUGAACUAAACAAUUUCAGGUAUGACCAAUUAAUUGUUUAGUUCAUCUCGACUGGUAACUUGUGACUGAAUAGAUGUAGAAAGUUGUAGGCUGAAUUUGAAUAUUGCAUAGCAGAAGCUAUUAACGUGUAUAUUAACGUGAAAAGUAUAUCAAGUACUUGAUGUCAAAGCUGCAUUUUAGCACCUUACCUGAACUGUUGAAAAGUAUUCGAAUAUUAUACUGACUGAAAUUAUGCCUGAAAAUUUACUAAUUCACGUA